CCUCUUGCGCCGCGCGAGAGGGCCGGGAGAGGGAGACCGAGGACGAGCGGGGAGGGGAUCGACUGAUCCAGCGAAGCGAGCUCGCGGUCUCGGAUCGGCAAUGGGCAAGAUCGAGUACGCCGUGGUGGCGCGCGGCGCGGUGGUGCUGGCGGAGCACGGCGCGGCGGGCAGCAACGCGGGCGCCGUGGCGCGGCAGGUCCUGGAGCGCCUCCCCGGCGGCGGCAACGACUGCAACGUCUCCUACACGCAGGACCUCCACGUGUUCCACGUCAAGCGCACCGACGGCAUCACCGCGCUCUGCAUGGCCGACGACGCCGCCGGGCGACGGAUCCCUUUCGCGUUCCUUGCUGAUGUCCACGGACGAUUUGUCGAGACGUACGGCCGUGCCGCUCUCACGGCGCUCGCGUAUGCGAUGAACGACGACUUCUCCAGGGUUUUGAGCCGGCAGAUGGAAUACUACUCCACCGACCCCAACGCGGACAGCAUGACUCGCAUGAGAGGUGAAAUCGAUCAGGUCCGGGGCAUCAUGCUCGACAACAUUGACAAGGUACUCGAGCGAGGUGACCGUCUGGAACUGCUGGUGGACAAGACUGCAACAAUGGAGGGAAACACGAUGCGCUUUAAACGGCAAGCUCGCCGGUUCAGGAACACCAUGUGGUGGAGAAAUGCGAAGCUCACAGCUGCAGUAAUAUUCAUCCUCACGGUGAUAGUGUACCUGGUGCUCGCCUACCUGUGCCACGGAUUCACCCUACCGUCCUGCGUCCCGUAAACCUUGUGCCACCCUCGCUAGGCUGCUUGACGACAUUCUUAGUCCGUGGGCUAGGCUUUGUUCCCACCUUAAAAUUGUUCCAGAUUCUGUAAGAGCAGCUUCGUCGCUGCUAUUUUUUUCUCGUGCAAGGGGAAGAAACCGUUGCACCGAUCGAUUCUGAACUUAUGUGCUUCUGCUUUCAAAAGUCCCAUGGAUG